CUUAAUAAGAGAUUCGGUGAUAUUUCUCUCCCCCUCCGUCCUGGUGUGCAGUGUUUGUGAGUGUGAUCCCCAUCAGAGGCUGCAUGGUUUCUCCGAGGAGAGAGGGGACUGUUGCAAUGUCAUCUCGCACCACUGUUUUGGAGCUCUGUGGAAGGGAGAUGCUGGGAUGAAGUGGUUUGGCAGUAUGUCCCUCAGCAGCAAAAGGAGUAAGAGGAGGAGUAGAAGGAGCAGUAGUAAUAGUGCGCUGCUAUCCCUGGCUCUCCUGGCGGCAGUGACCCUCAUCGCGGAUCCUGCGGCGGCUCAAAAGCAGCGAAGUGGCGGCGGAGGAGGUGGUGGCUCUGAUAAAGUGCCCGUUCUGAACAUUGCGGUGAUACUAGGACGCACGCGUUACAUCUCAGAUAGGGAUAUCCGGGCGCUAUGGAGCAAGGAAGACCCCAUUGAUGUCAACGUGGUCACACUGCUGGUCAAUGAGACCGACCCGAAAAGCAUCAUCAACCACAUGUGCGACUUGAUGUCCGGGACCAAGAUCCAUGGCGUGGUGUUUGGGGAUGGCACCGACCAAGAGGCCAUCGCCCAGAUUUUGGAUUUUAUUUCCUCACAGACGCUCAUCCCCAUCCUGGGCAUUCAUGGAGGGUCAUCCAUGAUCAUGGCUGAUAAGGAUGUGAAGUCAACCUUCUUCCAGUUCGGGGCCUCCAUACAACAAGAGGCGCUGCUCAUGCUCAACAUCAUGGAGGAGUACGACUGGCACAUUUUCUCCAUUGUUACAUCAAAGUUCCCCGGAUACCAGGAGUUCAUCAACAUCCUAAAGACAACUGUUGACAACAGUUUUGUGGGCUGGGACCUACAGAAUAUCAUCGUUCUGGACGCCGUGGAGGAAGACAGUCGGUCCCAGAUCAUGCUCAAGAAGGUCCAGUCCCCGGUGGUGCUGCUUUACUGCUCCAAGGACGAGGCGGUCUACAUCCUGGAGGAGGCUCGUUCUCUGGGCCUAACUGGAUUCGGAUACAUCUGGAUCGUGCCAUCGCUUACAACUGGGAACCCCGAGAUAACGCCUGAAGAGUUUCCGUCGGGGAUGAUUUCGGUGUCAUACGACGACUGGGACUACCCGUUGGAGGCUCGAGUUCGGGAUGGUUUGGGGAUCAUAACAUCGGCUGCGGCAGCCAUGUUGGAGGAAUAUGGUGACAUACCUGAAGCCAGGACAUCUUGUUAUGGUCAGAUGGAGAAGACAAGCAAGCUGCCACCCAGUGCACUACACAAGUACAUGAUGAAUGUGACAUGGGAUGGCAAGGACUUGUCAUUCACAGAGGACGGCUACCAGGAAUACCCCAAGCUGGUCGUCAUUGUUCUCAACAAGGACAGGGAAUGGGAGAAGAUGGGGAGACUGGAAAAUCGCAGCCUGACACUGAAGUAUCCAGUGUGGCCGCGCUUCAACUCCUUCGGCGAUGCUGAGCUGGACGACAACCACCUGUCCAUUGUCACCUUAGAGGAGAAACCUUUUGUCAUUGUUGAGGACGUGGAGAGGCUCACGGGUACUUGCAUGAGGAACUCGGUGCCCUGCAGGAAGCACAUCAAAGACAAUACAACAGAGGCUGGUGGGACAUACAUCAAGAAGUGCUGUAAAGGCUUCUGCAUUGAUAUUCUGAAGAAGAUUGCAAAGUACGUUAAGUUCACCUAUGACCUGUACCUGGUAACCAAUGGCAAGCAUGGCAAGAAGAUCAACAAUGUCUGGAAUGGGAUGGUGGGAGAGGUGGUCUAUAAGAAAGCCGUCAUGGCCGUCGGAUCUCUGACGAUCAAUGAGGAGCGUUCUGAGGUCAUCGAUUUCUCCGUCCCGUUCGUGGAAACCGGGAUCAGCGUCAUGGUCUCCCGUAGCAAUGGAACCGUCUCCCCGUCAGCCUUUCUCGAGCCAUUCAGUGCAUCAGUGUGGGUGAUGAUGUUUGUGAUGCUCUUACUGGUGACUGCAAUGGCCGUGUUCAUGUUUGAGUACAUCAGUCCUCUUGGCUUCAACAGAAACUUGGCACAGGGGAAAGACCCUCAUGGCCCUUCCUUCACCAUGGGCAAAGCCGUCUGGCUGCUUUGGGGUCUGGUCUUCAACAACUCUGUGCCAGUGCAAAACCCAAAAGGAACCACUAGCAAGUUCAUAGUGUCCGUGUGGGCCUUCUUUGCUGUGAUCUUUCUGGCUUCCUACACUGCCAACCUGGCUGCCUUCAUGAUCCAGGAGGAGUUUGUCGACCAAGUCACAGGUCUCUCUGAUAAUAAGUUUCAGAACCCGUACGCGUACUCUCCGCCGUUCCGCUUCGGCACAGUUCCAAACGGUUCCACAGAGAGGAACAUCAGGAAAAACUACCCCGCCAUGCACCAGUACAUGGUGAAAUAUCAUCAAACUGGUGUGGUGGAUGCUCUUGUCAGCCUUAAAACGGGUAAACUCGAUGCCUUCAUCUAUGACGCGGCAGUGUUGAACUACAUGGCUGGCAGAGAUGAAGGGUGUAAGCUGGUGACCAUUGGAAGCGGGUACAUCUUCGCCACCACCGGCUACGGCAUCGCACUUCAGAAGGGCUCCUACUGGAAACGACAGGUGGAUCUGGCCAUCCUCGCCAUUAUCGGAGAUGGUGAAAUGGAAGAACUUGAGGCCCAGUGGUUGACAGGAAUUUGCCACAAUGAGAAGAACGAGGUAAUGUCCAGUCAGCUGGAUGUGGACAACAUGGCUGGGGUCUUCUACAUGCUGGCCACAGCUAUGGGCCUCUCCCUCAUCACCUUCGUCUCUGAGCAUCUCUUCUACUGGAGGCUCAGAUACUGCUUCACUGGGGUCUGCUCUGGCAAGCCUGGUCUUCUGUUCACCAUCAGUCGGGGUAUCUGGAGUUGCAUCCAUGGAGUCCAUAUUGACAUGAAGAAAAAGACAGAUCUGGACUUCAGCCCUCAGGACAAAAUGCUUAAGCUCAUCAAGUCAGCAAAGCAGAUGACUAACAUGUCCAACCUGAGUGGCUCCCACAUGAACUCCCCGAAACGUGAGUUCAUGCACUCAGCAGGACCAAUGAUAAUGGACAUGAUGGCGGAGAAGGGCAACUUCAUCUACGCUGACAACCGAAGCUACGCUCCCAAAGAUAUGAUCUAUGGGGAUGCUGGUGACUUGCAGUCUUAUCUUGCAACCCGCCACAAAGACCACCUUAACAAUUACAUUUUUCAGGGGGGUCAGCAUCCGCUGACCCUGAACGAUGCCAACCCCAACACGGUAGAGGUGGCAGUGAGUGCUGACGCCAUGCAGACCAACGCCAAACCACCACGGACCCUAUGGAAGAAGUCGGUAGACACUCUCCGUUCAGUGCCACCUGGACCUGCUCCGAUGCCUGACAUGCUGAUGCCGGACCCACGAAUGUCGAUGAAGACGCAGCGCUACCUCCCUGAGGACACCGCCCACUCUGACAUCUCUGACUGCUCCAGCAGGGCAGCCUCCUACAAGGACCCAGAAAAUAACAAGCACCUGAAGCCUAAGGACAACUUAAAAAAAAGAGCGGUGACGUCAAAAUACCCAAGGGAUUGCAGUGAGGUGGAACUGUCCUACUUAAAGACUAAACAGGUCAGCGGAGGAACCAACCAAAGUGGGAGAGGAGGAGGAGAGAAAAUCUACACUAUAGACUCAGAUCGAGAGCUGAGCCUGCAUUCAGACCCAAUUCACUACAGAGAGAGUCGUGGCCUUGCUGCCGAUGAUUUGGAUUAUCCCGAGAUCUAUUCUGACCACAGUGACAACUAUAGGAACCGUGAGCAGCCCAUCAUUCAUCUGAACUCUUCUCCUUUGCAUCACACUGAUUCAGAUCUCCUACCAGACACAUCUUACUCAAAACACUACAGCCUGAAAGAUAAAAACCUUUCCCCACACGAGUCCAUUGAUCGCUAUAAACAGACACACUGCCGUUCCUGCUUGUCCAAAGUGACAACUAGCUACCAGCCAGCAGGGCCGUACACCCCCACUGCUGCGCCUGCUGCACCUGCUGCCACUCGCUCACCAUAUAAUCGCUGUGAAGCAUGCCUCCACACAGCCAACCUGUAUGACAUAAGUGAGGACCAGCUUCUCUCCGACUCCUUGGUCAGCCCCUCUUUGCACCACCAACAGCAGCAACAAACAGACGAAAUGUUUGGUCUGUAUUGGCCUCAGACGGAUGGGCCUCAUGUCCAAAAGAGAAACCGCUUGAGGCUGAGCCGUCAGCAUUCCUUUGACAACAUCAUGCUAGAAAAGCCCAAGGAUGUAGACCUGGGGCGACCGGCACGCAGUGUCAGCCUCAAGGAGAAGGAUCGCUUCCUGGACUCCACAUCCGACUCCCACUACGCGAACCUCUUCGGCAUGCGUCCCUACUCCGGCAGACUCUUUGGCACCGGUUCUAAAUCUAUGAUGUUUAACCACAACCUAGAGGAGAGCAAAAGGAGCAAGUCCCUGUAUCCAGCCCAUGGCUCGGAAAACCCUUUCCUCAGCCACUCGCUGAGGGAUGACACCAGCAGCAGACUGGUUCAUGGGCGCAGCUCCACUGAUAUUUACAAACAGCUGGCUGUGGCCUCACCUGUAUCGGUUCUUGGAGCCGCUCCCAUCAAAACGCGUAACGAUGCGAACAAUCUCCGCUCUUCCGUUAAAUCCACCACUUCUUACUGCUCAAGGGAUGGGCGGAUAGCCAAUGACAUGUACAAUAAAGAGCAUGUGAUGCCUUACUCAGCCAAUAAGACUAGUGCAUACCCAGCCCCACGUGGCGUCCUAAACUCAGCCCAGUUCAGCAAUAGACGGGUGUAUAAAAAAAUCCCCAGUCUGGAGUCAGAUGUUUAGUUGAUAUAAGAAAUAUUAUGUUCUCUCCUCUUUACUCCUCUCUGGGUUUGUAUUAUAAUUUAUCAACUAUGUUAUCCACCAAUGGAUGCCAUAGCCACACUGCGUUUUCUUCUUCUCUUUGACAUUGUACUUCAAAAGAACUUGUGCCCAUUGGUAUGAUGGUACUACUAGUAUUACUCUCUUUGCAGAUGAUAUCAUCAUUUUUGUCUAUUCUCUGCCAUGUACCAAUGAGUUGGCCGAAAGGCUGGCACUCUGCCAUAAGGUAUCCUGGUGUAAAAGAGAGGGGAAUCAUUAACCCUGUGUGGGUAGGAAGUGGCGCAACCCCAUUGGUGGGAAAAGAAGUUACACAAAAAGAGGACCUCUGCAAAUGUUGGAGAGUUAAUGGUUAUGUGGUGAGGAAAUAAGGUUAGUAGGGAAAAUAAAAGAAGGGAACUAGAGGGAGAGAGAGGUGACACUCUUUCUCAACCCCUCUUCUUUCUUUCCUUUUUCCUUUCCACCUCCUCAGACAAGAUUUUGGCUCACUGGUUUCACGAGAACAGGCCUGACAGGAGAGACCAGGUGGGCACGAUUGAUGUCCCAGGAGGCAUCCCAGGAGGGCACAAUUGGUCUGCUACUUGUUACUCUGACAAAUAUGGCCACGAGACACCUGGCAGUGUGAGAGGAGAGAGAGGGAAAAAGAUGAUUGACCAAAUGGCACAGAGGGGAGCCUCCGGUAGUUCUUGAAAGUGAGGAAUCAGUGGGCCUUUGAAGGAUGUGGCUUUGUCCGGGCUAGUGGUUGAGAAGCUGAGAGUAUUGCAGGUGCUAUCACUGAAUAAUGUUUACAGACUGACAGGUUAAAAAAAAAAGACAAAAUGACUGGUAGAAAAGGAAAGACAAGCAGGUAAACCUGAGGCAGUUGAAGGGCAUUUCAUUUGUGGCGCUGCACAUAGAAAAAUAAUAGCAAAGUAUUGCUUUUUUAUUCUAUUUAACUAUAAGAUUUAUUGGGGAUUCUGGCAUCCGGAUCCCUCUGUGUAGGAUUUUAGUGUUUGCUUAUUUGGUAGCACAGUAGCCAUUAGUUUUUAAAAACCUCUCUCCCACAUUUGCUUUUGAAAAAGCAUAGCUUUCUGAAAAAUAACAUGAAGAGUAGUGGAUUAUUUUGCAUGUGUUGAUUUAUUUCAGUGUCAGAGAAGACAAAAUACACACAGAAAUACACUCGCUGACACAUAUUUUACAUGUUUUUUGAAAAAGGGACUGUGUCUUGCAAGAUUCGGCGGAUGGAUAUUUGUACAAUCGAACCCUUUGUCCUUGACCUUUGUGCUUAGUAAAUCACGCUGUGGCUCUUGGCCAGGAAAAUGGUGGAAGGGAAGAGAGCAAAGAGGAGAUCAACAAGGGGGGAAAGGAUAAAAUGACAACUGUGUCCACCGCUAACGUUUUGGACUGGGCACUGGUGUGUUUUUGUCUUUUGACCUCCCUGUCACUAAAAACAGGGUAUUAGCUAUAAAAAAAAACACUGACAAUUCCUUCCUUCCUUCCUCCUUUCUUCUUCCCUUCCUUGCUCAACAUGACACAUCACUUGUAUAACUUUUCACUUUAUUUCCUGCAUUUUUUUUGUAUAACUUUGAGUGGUUGGUUGGUACAGGACUAGCGGUGCUACACAGUAUCUAACCAGUACAGUCUCGCUGCGGAAUGGGUUAACAACUCUCGUUGUUGACCCACAAUCAACCAGGGCUCUUGAGGAUCUGAAGACUACUUGAGACGGAUCCCUUGUUUACCUUCAUUGCGUCGUUCGGGCGGGGAAGAGGGAUGGAGCCGAGGAGGCUCAGCUGUAGUGUGCUCAUCAAUCAUGUAUCCAUCUUAGUGUGGAGUAAGUUGUGUGCGUGCAUGGCAGAACUUUGGUAAGCUUGAAGUCUUAACCACACUUUCUUCCUGAUCUGAUUGUUUUUUUUGCAUUUGUUCCUUUUUUUAGCAAGAAAGACUUGCACAUGCACAUAACUUCCAUGUACACUCGUGCCCACAGGAAAACUUUUUGUAGCGUUGCGCUGUACAAAAUGUACAGUCGAGAGAAAAAUCCAUGUAUCCAUUUUAACUGGCUGAUUGAUUUGCUUGACUGAUUGGAUUCACAAAGCCAAAUUGUAUCAAAUAAAAUACCUCAGGAUGAUUCUGUGCGUUUUGGGGGAGCUUCAAACGUAGCAACAGGAUAUGAUGUGGCGCAGAUUUUUGUAGAAAAAAACGUUUAAAAAAAAAAAAAGGGAAAAAAACAUGAUUUCUAACGGCUGCAGUGCAGAAUCAAACUUUUCCUCCUUUUUGAUGUUUACCAGUCCUAGGUCUUCCAGUUCGGCUCUUUUGCCCGAGCUCAUGCAACCCGAGUAAAGAGAAGAGAAGAGGAAGAGAAGGUGGGAGAGUUUUGCUCCUUGACAAAAAUGGUGGAUGCUAAUUAAUGAAACAUCCAAACCUGAAAAGCUUCCUUUCAAACAGGAAUCUCUCUCUCUCUUUUUUCCUCUCCAUGGCUUUUAAUGGCAGUCGACUGCGUUAGCCACUGUGUUUCAAUUGAAGCUCAACCACGGUCAUAUCGCCCUUUUCUACUCUUGGAAUACUUCUCCUUUACUUCCCAAUCUCCUUCCCCUAGUGUUGACUGAAGGGUGACAUUUUUUUGUCUUUAUUUAUUUUAUUUUUUUGCAUCUUAUCUGCAUAUUUAUUAUUAUCAUAUUUAUCUUCACAUGCUGCUUGCGUGAGCUGACAAGUGAACAAUAUGCACAUGUACAAAAGAGAAAAUAUCAAACGGCACCCUGGCAUUUUAUGAACUCAUGAUGAUUUGUUCUAUUUGUUCUACUUUUACAGAACUGUCAUGUAAACUGAUGCUGUUUUAUGUUCAUACACACACAUGAACACACACACUCUCAGACACACCCCUGUGAUGACAACCCUGCUCUUUUUAAUGACAAAAAUGUAUUUUAAUUACAUUUAAUGAUAAAUAAUGAGGUGAUGGCAUGCAACCCCAGAUGUAACAAUUUUAAUGUUUUCUGUUCUUUUUGGGUUAAUUCUUUUUGUUAUGAUGUUAUGAUCACUAAUGCGUUGUAACCAGGUGUGAGUAUAUACAUAUUUGAGAGAAAAAAAAAAAAAUUAUCUAACACGAUGAAGAUGCUGCUGCUGUUUUGGGGGAGACGGCGAGGACCUGACUCUAGUGCGACUUCCUCGCUGGCGACGGGCCACUAUCAGGCCAGGUUUUGCCCAGCAGGGGGGGUGGCGGGUCAGAGGGUCAGGGCUUGGUUUGGGUAAGGCGGGACAUCCUUGCUCUUCCUCCAAUGGCAGGUGAGAAUUACUGUAUCACCAGCUCUGCUUCUCUCUUCCCUCUCCUUCAUGUGUAGUCAGGACUUCAACUGUAAAGAAGACAAAAGGAAAAAAAAGCAACCCUCUACUUUGAGUCUGCUAUCCCUCCAAAGAUACGAGACCUCUUUCUUUAUGGUUUGCUGUAAGAAUAGAGCUUUUUUUUAAACUAAUACUUCCUCAAAGACUUUUAAGGAACUAUUUUGAAUAUAUUUAGAAACAACACCUGUAUACAUCGCUUGUAAAUUCAUACUGGAAUACAUCAUCAUGGAGAAUUAUAAAUGAUAAAGAGUAAAAACAAUAUUUUUUGUGUGAAUUUCACAGGAGCUCUUCUGUACA